GCUAUGUGAAAUUUCCAUACUGGCGGGAAAAUGUCCUUCCGCUCCCUAUUUUCUGUAUAAAAGCCCUAGUGUCCGUCACCCACUCUCCGUUUGACAAUUUCCCUUCCCUUCCCCCCAUCGAGAUGAUUCACUUUCACCAUUUCUGAACCCUUGCCACAGUCUAACAAGAGGUGCUGAGAACCCUAGCAUUCUUCGUUCGCUAAUUCCACCAGGUCUAGAGUGGGGGGUUUCUAUAUUUUUGGUCGUUGAGUGAUCCCGUGUUGUCUGGUCGAGAAAAUGGCUGAUGCAUUUGAUGAUGAGACUGAGCAGACGGUCACCAUGGAUGAGUAUCUUAAAGAAGUCGAGGCUGAGGAGUUGGAAGCUGAUUUGGUAUUGGGUGGAGACGAAGGUAAAGACUGCACCUAUAACAUGGGUUAUAUGAAGAGGCAGGCUAUCUUUUCAUGUCUGACAUGUACACCUGAAGGGGAUGCUGGAGUUUGUACAGCCUGCAGCCUGUCUUGCCAUGAUGGCCAUGAGAUUGUUGAAUUAUGGACCAAAAGAAAUUUCCGGUGCGAUUGUGGAAAUUCCAAGUUUGGGGAGUUCUUUUGCAAGCUUUGCCCUAGCAAAGAUGUCGAAAAUGCUGACAAUUCAUACAAUCAAAAUUUCAAAGGUUUAUACUGCACAUGUGGGCGUCCAUAUCCUGAUCCAGAUGCUAAAGAACAAGAGGAGAUGAUUCAGUGUAUCUUGUGUGAGGAUUGGUUUCAUGAGGAGCAUCUGGGUCUUGAGACUGUUAACGAGAUUCCUAGAGACAGUGAUGGGGAACCCCUGUAUGAGGAUUUCAUUUGCAAAACAUGCUCAGCAGUAUGUUCUUUUCUGACACUGUAUCCUCAAACAAUCCGAGCUAUAGAUUGCCAGGCUGGUGUUUCCGCUUCUAAGACCAGUAAAGAUAAAGGCAUAAUGGAAAGCAAUCCUGCCUCUUGUGCAAGUGGCAAACUCGAGAACAAUGUUUGUUCUGGUUCUUCUGGAAAUAAUGAUGCACUCAGUAGUAGUUCAAAUCACGUGGCGGUUGAGAAGGGAUCUUCAAGCAAUGGUACUCUUGAGAAGAACAAUUGUUCAGAUGCAUGUGCAAAGGAAGACACUACUGUUCACGCUGCUUGCGUCUUGGGUGUUGGUUCCAUGGUAUCUCCACCCACAACUUCGGAGAUCAAACCAUUCUUUCUGGCCAAAAGCUGGAGGGAAUCUUUGUGCAAAUGUGGAAAUUGCUUAGAAAUGUAUAAGCAGAAGCAUAUAAGCUAUCUAAUUGACCAGGAGGACUCAAUUGCUGAGUAUGAGAAAAUUGCAAAGCAGAAGAGGGAAGAGAAGCUACAGAAACAAGAAGGUGCUGAGUUGGAUUUUAUCAAUAAUCUUGGUCAUGUAGAGAAGAUGGAGAUACUUGGUGGCAUUGCGGACUUCAAGGAUGAGUUUCGUUCUUUCCUGGAGUCGUUUGAUCCGUCGAAGACAAUAACGUCAUCUGAUGUGCAUCAGAUCUUCGAGAAUCUGGCAAAGAAGCGCAAGCGCACAUAGUGUGAUUUGCAAAGAAAAUCUGAAGCAGCAGCCAGCUCUUGUUUAAGUUAUGCAACAUCGUUACGGGUUAGUUUGAGAACUGAACUACAACCUUCACAUAGUGAUAGGAGGAUGACCCACAUGGAAACAAUAUCAUUGUGUUGAGUUAUACCAGGACCUAACUCGCGGGGUUUGUAGGAUCCUAUCUUGUCAUGUUUGAAUCAUGCAUAUGUGUUUUAACUUUGAUUUCCCUCAACAGUUGUCUCUGUCUUGUUCCCUUAAAUUAUCAAACAUGGGUGACUCAGGUUGGGCUUCCUCUUGAAUUGGCAAGUCAUCUUUGUGUGUAGUGACUAGUGAAUUCUCAUAUGCCAAACUUGGAUGGUUUGUUAUCUUUCAUCGAAGAUCGGUUUGUUUCUCUAA